AUCCCGGCGCGGUAUCAGACAAUGUAACCGUAUUUCUGAUAGCCCACAGAUAUGUGCAGCAUAUUUAAGGCGGAUGAGACGCAGUUCUGACAUGUUUUAUUGAAAGCAGGCCCGGUGGAAGUCGGACCGUGCAGCCGCUAAUCUUGACUAAGGGCCCGUUUUAUUGGCGUUGUACACACGAUGGACGCUGGUGGGGACGGUCUUUUCGGCGAGGAGACGGCCUUUAGAAGCAUCGAGCACAACCAGCUAGAACGUCUGCACCCAACGGGUCGACCGAACGACUGCGCGGGCGAUUUGACUCCUGGCGCCGAGGGCGGAGGCAGUCGCGAUCGGGAGGACGAAGCUUGCGUCUCUCCCACUGGUGGAAGAUUGUCAGACAGUUAUCCAGAAGACCAAGACGGACACGACAGUUCUGCCUCAGGUGUAGACCAGGCUCCUGCCGACGGUAAACAGAAGAAGUCCCGUAAGGUACCCGUCAGACUCGGUAUAAACGCCCGCGAGCGACGAAGGAUGCACGACUUGAACGACGCUUUAGACGAACUGCGCUCCGUCAUACCCUACGCGCACAGCCCGUCCGUUCGGAAGCUCUCCAAAAUCGCAACCUUACUACUCGCCAAGAACUACAUCUUAAUGCAGGCUAACGCCUUGGAGGAAAUGAGGAGACUUGUCGCUUAUCUAAACCACAACCUCCAGGCUGCCAUGUCCUGUUACGACGGAGCUUUCACCCCGACCACGCCGUACCCGUCGGCCAACCUUCCCACUCCGGACACUAAGUGCAUGUUGUACCCGCCGCCGAGCUCGAUGUCGUACCAGGUCCAGCGUCCCUCACCGGCCGCUCUCUGCAAGGAGUGCGGCGACAAGUAGCAACGGUCACCGCCGAGCGACCCGCCAGCGAUGCGAUGCCAGUCAGGAAGCAUGACAACGGUGGAGGUAGCAGAUAAUUUCCACACUGACUGCAUAUAAUUCAUCAAGACUUUAACACCUUGUAGCUGCCUAGAUUUAUUUUCCUAGGUCAAUGUUCUAUAUAUUUUCCGUGCUUGGUGUGUGUGUGCGGUGCAUAUGCUAUGUAGUCCCUCAUCAACUCGUAACAUCUCGUUCGUGGGCACCUCCUGAAUUCUUAAUAGAGCAGUUAAAAGUGAUGUGUUACAACUUAGGAUAGACUCAGAGUCCAAGUCUUUAUAGCAAUUUAAGAUAUUGACUAUCGGAAGUAAAAAUGUCGACUCUUACGUUUUGUGUCAGGAAGACGAAUAGGCCGAGACAAAAAGAUGCCUCCCGCCAUUGAUUUUCCGUACAGGAGUGACAGUUGAGGAAAUAGGCUGGAUUAUUUUUGAUUACUUUGCCAGGUCUGGGAAAUCACACCUCUACAUCAUACCCAGGAAACUCUGGCCGAAACCUGAUUCCAAUUUUACUACCAGAUUUACAGGGGGUUUUUCUGCGCUCAGAUCACAUGAGAUAUCACGCAAUGGCUACGUGCAUUGUAAUGAUACACCAAAAGUUCGAAAAGCGUUUGCAUUGUGCAAAAUUGUCCUUUUUCAAGUAUUUCAGUCACAAUAUCUUUCGGGAGGGGGCUUCAGGAAUCUUUUCCAUCGGAAAUACCAGAUACUAUUUCUCCCAUUUUCUUGUCAGAAAGUUUACAGUGCUUAAUUUCCCAAGUGUUAUAUGAUCUGGACAUCUACUCAGAUAAGUCAUGUUCUGGUGUUACUUUGAUAGGACGAGUCAUUGUUAAGUGUUAUAGUGGUGCACGCGUCAAGUGAGGGUUUAUAAGCAAUUACGAAAGGGUGCCACAGCGCGCCAACCAACAAUUACAUAUGACGACAUCAUUUGCCACAAGAUCGUAAUCAAUAUGUAUCAUGCGUCUCCACCUUUCAGAAGUGAUCAACUGUGUGUACGCUAAAUUAUUGACAACCUUAUACCGCGGCAUUAGGCCGACUUAUGCAAAUAUAUCCUCAGAGAGAACUUUCCUGAUUAUAGAUAUUUUUUCGUUACACGGCCCCGGGCGUUGAACUAUUUCAUAUUCAUUAGCGCCAUCUGUGCGCCAAUUUGGUUAAAAUCGUACACCUAUUGUCCUCCACAGGGAUAUGUACUUACGUUAGAGACCCUAUAUGAUUGUUCUUAUCUAUUGCCACUCUUUUCCGUGCUUUAUACGGGGUUAAGGCGGUCAGAAGUUGUGUUAUUCUGGAAGAAGUGCGCCAUAUGUGAAAAACUGGUCUAAGUGAGAGGUGAGCGCCACGCGCUCGACCUUAUAAUGUAUUGUGUACAAAGCCAUAUAUCUGUAAUAAAAUUACAACACCAGAGUAUU